AUGGCUAGUUUGGUGGAAAGGCUUCGCGUUCGGUCGGAUCGAAGGCCUGUUUACAAUUUAGACGAUUCCGACGAUGACGCUGAUAUUAGGCGUGGCAAAUCUGGCCCUUCACAGGAGACAGUUGAGAGAUUUGACAGACCGGAUGCGAAAGUUGAUUGUUGUCAAGCUUGUGGUGGAGAUGAGAAUCUCUUGAACUGUGAAACAUGUACUUAUGCAUAUCAUCCAAAGUGUUUGCUUCAACCCAUGAAAGCCCCUUUUCCUAGCAGCUGGAGGUGCCCUGAAUGUGUGAGCCCUCUCAAUGAUAUUGAGAAAAUAUUGGAUUGUGAAACACGCCCAACUAUUGCUGAUGAUAGUGAUGCUUCAAAACUGGGAUCAAAGCAAAUAUUUGUGAAACAGUAUCUUGUUAAGUGGAAAGGAUUCUCUUAUCUUCAUAGUUCUUGGGUGCCGGAGAAUGAGUUUGUCAAAGCUUACAAGACUCUUCCUCGUCUAAAGACAAAAGUGAACAACUUCCAUCGUCAAAUGUCAUCGAUGACUGACACAGAAGAUUAUGUUGCUAUACGUUCAGAAUGGACUACUGUUGACCGCAUCCUUGCUUGCAGAGGAGAUGGUGAGGAUAAGGAGUACUAUGUGAAGUGGAAGGAACUCCAGUAUGAUGAAUGCUCCUGGGAACUUGAGUCAGACAUUUGUUCUUUUCAGCAAGAAAUUGAAAGAUUUAACAAAAUCCAAUCCAGACGCAAGCAAAAAAGCAGCCCUCAAGAUACCACAGAAUCAAAAAAGAAACAAAAAGAAUUUCAGCAGUAUGAAUGCAGUCCUGAGUUUCUUUCUGGAGGUUCCCUGCACCCUUAUCAGCUUGAAGGGCUCAACUUCUUACGGUUUUCUUGGUCCAAACAAACACAUGUGAUACUUGCAGAUGAGAUGGGUCUUGGCAAAACUAUACAGAGUAUUGCAUUCUUAGCUUCUCUUUUUGAGGAGAAUGUUUCCCCUCACUUAGUUGUUGCUCCUCUGUCAACCUUGAGGAAUUGGGAACGUGAAUUUGCUUUAUGGGCUCCUCAGAUGAAUGUAGUUAUGUAUGUUGGUUCAUCCAAUGCGCGUACUGUUAUAAGGGAUUACGAAUUUUACUUUCCCAAAAAUCACAAGAAGAGCAAGAAGAAGAAAUCUGGUCAAGUUCUUGGUGAAAGCAAGCAAGACAGGAUAAAAUUUGAUGUUCUUCUUACAUCAUAUGAAAUGAUUAACUUAGACACUGCAUCUCUGAAACCAAUAAAGUGGGAAUCCAUGGUUGUCGACGAAGGCCAUCGUUUGAAGAACAAGGAUUCAAAAUUAUUUUCAUCAUUGCAGCAGUACUCCAGCAGGCAUCGUGUCCUCUUAACUGGAACACCUCUCCAGAACAAUCUGGAUGAACUUUUCAUGCUUAUGCACUUCCUUGAUGCUGGGAAGUUUGGAAGCUUGGAGGAAUUCCAAGAGGAGUUCAAGGAUAUUAGUCAAGAAGAGCAGAUCUCAAGGCUUCACAGGAUGUUGGCACCACAUCUGCUCAGAAGGGUAAAAAAAGAUGUCAUGAAGGAACUACCUCCUAAAAAGGAGCUAAUUUUACGUGUGGAAUUGAGUACUAUGCAGAAAGAAUAUUACAAAGCAAUUCUAACCCGUAAUUAUCAGAUACUUACUCGCAAGGGUGGUGCACAAAUUUCUCUUAUAAAUGUGGUUAUGGAACUACGCAAGCUCUGCUGUCACCCUUUUAUGCUAGAAGGUGUUGAACCAGAGGAUAAUAAAGAGUUUCACAAGCAGCUGCUUGAAUCUUCUGGCAAGUUGCAACUUCUUGAUAAGAUGAUGGUGAAGCUUAAAGAGCAAGGGCACAGAGUGUUGAUAUAUACACAAUUUCAGCAUAUGUUGGACUUGCUAGAAGAUUACUGCAACUUUAGGAAGUGGCAAUAUGAACGCAUCGAUGGAAAAGUUGGUGGAGCUGAAAGACAAAUUCGAAUUGAUAGAUUUAAUGCUAAGAAUUCUUCCAGAUUCUGUUUUCUGCUGUCAACUAGGGCUGGGGGUUUAGGAAUUAACCUUGCUACUGCUGAUACAGUGAUUAUAUAUGACAGUGAUUGGAAUCCUCAUGCUGAUCUACAGGCAAUGGCUAGGGCUCAUAGGCUUGGUCAAACAAGCAAGGUAAUGAUAUAUAGACUCAUACUAAGAGGAACUAUCGAAGAAAGGAUGAUGCAGAUGACUAAGAAGAAAAUGGUUUUAGAACAUCUAGUUGUUGGGAGGCUCAAGGCUCAAAAUAUCAACCAGGAAGAACUUGACGAUAUCAUUAGGUAUGGGUCAAAGGAGUUAUUUGCUGAUGACAAUGAUGAAACAGGAAAAUCCAGACAAAUUCAUUAUGAUGAUGCUGCUAUAGAUAGAUUACUGAACCGUGAACAAGCUGGAGAUGAGGAAACUGUCUUGGAUGAAGAAGAAGAAGAUACUUUUUUGAAGGCCUUUAAGGUUGCAAACUUUAAAUACAUUGAUGAAGAAGCAGCAAAAGCUGAAGAGGAAGUUCCAACAACGCCCUUAGAGGAUAAAACAGCUACAAACAAUUCAGAAAAAGCAAACUUCUGGGAGGAAUUGCUACGAGACAGAUAUGAAGUUCAUAAAGUUGAAGAAUUUAACACUAUGGGCAAGGGGAAGAGAAGUCGUAAACAGAUGGUAUCAGUUGAGGAAGAUGACCUUGCCGGUCUGGAAGAUGUGAGCUCUGACGGAGAAGAUGAUAACUAUGAAGCUGAUUCAACUGAUGGUGAGACAGCUUCAACUGGAGCAGCAGCCAUUAAAAAACCUAUUAGGAAGAGAGCACGUGUGGACCCCUCGGAACCACUUCCUUUGAUGGAAGGUGAAGGGCGAUCAUUUAGAGUACUGGGAUUUAAUCAGAACCAAAGGACAGCAUUUGUCCAGAUUUUAAUGAGAUUUGGUGUUGGAGAGUUUGACUGGGCCGAAUUCACACCACGCCUUAAGCAGAAAACUUAUGAAGAAAUUAAAAAUUAUGGGCGCCUAUUUUUGUCUCACAUUGCUGAGGAACUUACUGACUCUCCCACCUUUUCAGACGGUGUUCCGAAAGAAGGUUUGAGAAUACCAGAUGUACUUGUAAGGAUUGCAGAAUUACUUCUUGUAAGAGACAAAGUCAAGGCUUUAUCAGAAAAACCAGGUUGUCCACUUUUCACAGAGGACAUUCUAUCUCGCUUUCCUGGACUCAAGGGUGGAAGACUAUGGAAGGAGGAGCAUGACUUAUUGCUUCUGCGAGCAGUACUCAAGCAUGGUUAUGGAAAAUGGCAAUCCAUAGUUGAUGACAAGGAGUUGAAGAUCCAAGAAGUGAUUUGCAAGGAGCUAAAUAUCCCCAUGAUAACUUUGCCUGUGCCAGGGGCUUCUCAACAGCAGGUUAUUACACCUGGAACCUCUCAACCACAAGUUCCUGGUUCAGGGGUUUCCCAGGCACAAGUACCUUUAUCAGGAGUUUCCCAAGCACAGGUACCUCUAUCAGGAGUUUCCCAAGCACAGGUACCUCUAUCAGGAGUUUCCCAGACACAAGUACCUGUAUCAGGAGUUUCCGAAGCACAAGUACCUCUAUUAGGAGUUUCCCAAGCACCUAAUGGUGAAAAUACAUCCAAUGCCGGAAGUACUAUUAAUCAAGUACAAGGACGUAGUGGUGGAAAUGAUCUUGGAGCUGAAGUUGGUGCUACUGUUACUGGAUCAAGUGAUCCUUCAAGCCGAACACAGCUUUUCCAAGAUUCUACUUUUUUAUAUCAUUUUAGAGAAAUUCAAAGAAGACUGGUUGAGUUUGUUAAGAAAAGGGUGCUGCUUCUAGAGAAAGCUCUUAAUGCGGAAUACACUAAAGAAGCCUAUGGUGAUGAGAGGUCAAGUGAAUUGCCUAGUGAUGAGACAGAGUUCGAACCCAAGGUUUUGGAUGCACCAAGCCGAAAUGUAGAUUCUGAUAAUGAAGUUUUUGAUCAUUUGCCAAAAAUUAUUGGGAUUUCCCCACAGGAAGCUUCAGAAGCUGCUUGCGAUACUAAACCAGAUCGUUUGGGUGUGGCUCAGCUUUAUAAUGAGAUGUGCAAGGUGCUUUCUGAAAAUGUUGAAGAUUCAAUAGCCGAAUAUGCUGCAAAUCAAACGGCAAGUGCUGGGAUGAAAAAGAACCUUCAUCUGUUUCAGAACAUAAGUCACGAGAUGAAUCAAAUACUUUCGUCAUCGCAACAGACUUCUCCCAAUUUAGAGAGGUUCAUAUGCCCAGAAGAUACAAAACCAGAAGCUGGAGAAUCAAAUUUAUCGUCAAUUCCUCAAGGAGACAAUUUAGUUGCUGCUGGUGGGGAAGAAAAUGAUGACAAAGUAGUAGAAGAUUCAGAUCCUCAAUCAGAGAGUAGUGAUUCAGAAGCGAACCUCGGGGUAGAGGGGAGCAAUGCAGAUGACAAAGUUGCGGUAGCAGAAACACCUCCUACAGAGACUAUUGUGGUUUGUGAUACCGAUAAUCAGGAUGAUAAUACUGGUGCUAACAGUGAUACUUCUACUCAGGGAAGACCAGAAAAGGGUAGCAGCAUGGAUUUGGAUUGAAGGAUUAGAUACACAUGCUAUUAUGCUCUCUAACCCCUUUGCUUUCUCAAGAGUAGGGAGGCAAAGGUAAUUUUAUCUUUCAUUUCUCAUUCCUACAUAUAUUAGUGGGAUAUGUUAGUACAAUUGUACUAGUAAUUCAUACUGAGACACUGGUACUACUGAACUUUAGCUUGUGGCUUUAAAAAAAAAAUAGCGUGUGGGUCCAUGAUAUGUACUUUGGGGAAAUUGACUGAAAUGGGAAGGUUUACAAAUGUUGUGGACAAAAACAAACAAUUUUUUGAAGUUAGAUAAAUCUAGGAGAAACUACUUUGGCAUUUCCGUUUUACAAA